AUGAUCAUCGCGGAUACACUUUCUCGAGCUUACCUUACCGAUGAUGAUGUGGACAGUAGCAAGAUGAACGAAGAGUUAGAAUGUUACGUGCACACGGUAACCAGCAGAAUGCCAGUAUCCGAAGAACGACUGGAACAAAUCAAGAAAGAAACAGCGAUUGACCAGACCAUGAAGACCCUGUUCUCAACAAUCCGAAGGGGAUGGCCAGAGACAAGAAAACAAACACCUUGCGAAAUCCAGGACUACUGGAAUUAUCGUGACGAGCUUUCAGAAGUAGAUGGAAUCUUGUUGAAGCAAGACAAGAUUAUCAUACCCCUCAGUAUGAGAGGAAAGAUGCUAGAAAGAAUACACGAGAGUCACAUGGGCAUAGAGAAAUCCAAACGACGAGCAAGGGACAUUAUGUUUUGGCCAAGAAUGAAUGAGCAAAUUGAAGCUGUUGUAUCCAAAUGCCAAACCUGCCAAGAAUACCAGAUGUCGAAUCCCAAAGAACCCAUGGUGCAAGGAACAAUACCAUCGAGACCCUGGGAAAUGGUCGCAACUGAUUUGUUUCAGUGGGAACAGAACAACUAUCUGGUUGUGGCAGAUUAUUAUUCGCGUUAUAUUGAAGUAGUCAAGUUGGAAAACACCACCAGCAGAACUGUUGUGAAUCAUAUGAAGUCCAUAUUUGCAAGACAUGGAAUUCCAUCAGUCGUAAGAAGUGACAAUGGUCCUCAGUACACUGCCACAGAGUACAAGCAGUUCGCACAAAAGUGGAAUUUCGAGCACCAGACUUCAAAGUCCAUAUUAUCCGAAAUCAAACGGUUUGGCUGA